GCUUGCCCCCAUUCCCUCCUUGUCAAGCGGUUACUGUCACACCUGGAGUUAACUGUCGAGUACUGUUGUUGUUGUUGUUGUUGUUAUGUUUUUGUUUUUUAUCUUCAUUCGUCUACUCCAGGAGCGACUUCCAUCCUCAGUCAGAUCUCGCUGCAAUGUAAACACUAGAUGUAGCCAGCCCUUGUGUUUGGCUGCCUACCUUGCUCACUUGCGGCUGACACAUGCAUGUAUGUAAAGUAAACAGUGAGUGACAGGAACGGAGAGGGGAUGUAGACAAGCCACCCCCCCUUUUCAACUCAAAAAUACAUAGCACUCACCCACACUCUCUAUCACGUCGUCCGGCUCAGCUAUCCGCACCAAUGAAGCCGGGCUGGCAGGUCCUUGCGGUCUGGGCCAUGUAUCUAGUCUUUAGUGAGGUGGCUGCUACACAUGCACAUAUAUCUAGAUAUGUACAGUGCUGUACGACAGCUUCCGCAGACACGACGUGUUCCGAGACCGGGGGGCGAGUCUUUGCUAUCCGUCUGGGCUGGCUACCUACCUGCCUUGGGACUUCUUAUCACUGCCUGCGUCGUGUCCUCUAUCGGGGCCCAGAGCGGAGAACGCGCUUGCGGUGGAUGGAUAGCUCUAGCAGUGACUCAUCUCCCCGUUUGCCGCUGUCGUUGUCGUUUGCCGCCGAAGCCGCCGUAGCCGUCGUCGUCGUCAUCUACACGUAUACAUAGGCUCAAAAAGGGUAUCCCCCAGACGGCAAAGAAAACACAAUGUGAAGAUAUCACCCGUCAGACCAACGGCCUGUGUGGGGUGCCUUCCCGUGUCGAGGCUGCUCUAUCUUUUUUCCCCAUCUGUAUAUCUGCAAGCUGAGGUGCCAGCAAGCUUUGAUGGAUGGUUCCACGGCAGACCGGUGAGCCGUGACAGACUAUAUCGAGCGGGGACUAUCGACAUUGAAGGACAGGGUUUCUGGGCUUUGGGCCCCAGGGCUACCUGACUUGGCUCUGCCUUCUUGGCCUAUCCCGAUCGAUCUGGUUGCACCGAACUCGCGCGCGCCGUAGCGUUCAAUAGGUGUGUGUGUGUGUGUGUGUGUGUGGUGGCUGUGUGCUAUCAAUCUGGCAUCCACACGCCGUCGGGAGGCUCCACAUAUU